GCAAUAAUUUUUUUUUUUUUUUUUGAGGGUUUUUUAUGGGUUUACCCCCAAAUCUCGCAUUUCAAGACUUAGUUUUGUGUCUCCAAUGAUUAUCUACAAAUAUUCAGAUCUCUAUUUUCAACCUAUUAGACUGCAAAAUGAAUAUCGAUAGCUACUGUCGCUUGUGCGCUUUACCCAAACCUCAGCUUGUUAGAAUUUUUGACGAAGAAGGUCAUCGAUGCAACAUUGUGGCAAACAUCAACAAGUGUCUCAAAAUAGAGAUUUACGAAAAGGAUCCCUUGCCACGAGCAGUUUGCACGGAGUGCAGUGAAAAGUUAUCAUCGACUUGUACUUUUAUUGAUGCAUCUUUCAAGGCUCAAGAAACCCUGCAGAGUAUUCUUGAAGGGACAGACUUGUUGAAGCGAGAAAACUGUUACACUUCUGAAGAUAGUUUAGGGGAUGGCUCCAAACAUUCAUCUGAUUCCUUAAUUUUAGCUUUUGAGCAGAAGAACGAUGGUGCAGGAAAAGAUCUUAUUUCCAUUGAUGACGUGGACUCCUGUUUAAUUGAAGAAUAUGUUGAGAAUUUGAAUUUGAGGAAUAACUUAGCACAAGGUGAUCACAAUUUUCUUCAAAGUUCAGUGGGAUGUCCUGAAGAAGAUGUCUCUAGCAAAGAGUUUCCCAGAGCCUUUCCUUUCUUCACGAAUUCUCCAAUUGAGGACAGAAUCGACAGCACCGGUUCCUCCUCCAACACUGAGUCUCAACAUUUUCAAGAAGUCUCACAGUUCAAAGAAGGAACCCUCCAUGACUGCUUUCCCAAGGGUACAAUUAGGAUCAAUAAAAAUGUCUUUGAAAAGGGUAAAGGAGAAUCUUCAGAGAGCACCUUACAAGUCAUCAAAGUAGAACAUAAAGAAUUCGAUAUGAUGGAGCGUGAAGAAAAGUCAGGCGACUCAGGUGUUCAGCUGAUGGACAAUGAAGAAAAGUUUGCCGAAUGCAUCAGCAACGAGACUCAAUCAAGUGGAAAGGAACAUAAUGUGAAGAAGAGUGUAGAAGCAGAAGCAAUGUCAUUUAAUGAUAUUAUGUGGCCUUGUGGGCAAUGUGAUAAGCUCUUUGCUAAAUUUAAUGAUCGGCAGCUUCACUAUUCUAGUAGUCAUGAAGGACCUGUUAUUUAUGUGUGUCCCAUGUGCUCUAAGAAGUUCUCCAAGUCUACAAGUUUCAAUGCUCAUCUAAAAAAACACAAACCUACCUUGGACUGUUCGCCUCUUCGACCUUCCCAAAAUAAACUCAGCUGUGAUGAAUGCAAAGAGAAAUUCUCCAAUAAGAAACUUUUACUUGCUCACAUGGCAGUACAUUCUGACUUAAGGUCUCACCCUUGUAAAGACUGUGGGAAAACUUUCCGUCACCAAGGGCUACUCGAGCUUCAUGCAAGAAGCCAUCUGCCUGCUGAUCUCAAAAAUAAGUUUCAGUGUGAUUUAUGCGAUAAAAGGUUUUCAACAAAGCCGAACUUAAUUACCCACAGGCGAAUCCAUCUAGGAGUGAAGAACUACACGUGUGAUCAAUGUGGCAAAGGUUUUAUUCAGAAGGGUAACUUAGAUACUCACUUGCUGACACACUCUUCAGAUAAGCCUUUCUCUUGUGAAAUGUGUGAAAAAAGUUUCAAAACGAUGCUGCAGUUGAGGAAACACCACUCAGUUCACACUGGUGAUAAACCACAUCAGUGCGAUGUAUGUGGUAGGAUGUUCCGUGAACGUGGUACCCUGAGAGAACACUAUCGAAUCCACACAGGAGCCAUGCCUUUUUCUUGUGAAUUUUGUGGCAAGACCUUCAGGUUCAAAGGAAUUCUCACUACACAUAGGAGGCAACACACUGGAGAAAAACCUUACUCGUGUCAAGAGUGCCAACAUCAUUUCACAAAUUGGCCCAACUAUAACAAACACAUGAAAAGACGCCACGGUGUUAAUACCAGUAAAACAUCUCGAGUCAAAUUAGAUCCAUCGGGUGCAUCAUCAGAUGAACCGGCGAAAACAACAUUGAGCGAUUUUCUUGACUUCCAACCAGUUUUAGAGGAUCAAGAACCAUAUGACCAGCUUCCGAUUAUCGAUGGACUCAGUGAUCAAGAUAUCAUUCUAAGCACAGUCUACAAUACAACUUCAUCACUUCCCCCCAACAAUGUGAACACAUUCCACCCACUUGCAAGCAACAGUCCUUUGAUCAACUUUUACAACUUGUCUCACCUCCCAGCACCUUCAUCUCUAGACAUCAUGAGCUUCUCACCCAGUUUAGUUGACAUAACCUCAAGCCCUCAGCAUAGUUAACCAGCAUAGAUUCUGACAAACCUAUUCGAUGAGUCCAGCCUCUUUUCUUCAGAUUACUACACCCACUUUCUGUUUAAUCUUUGUUCAUGGCAAGGGUAUGAAACCCUCAAUGAACUUAAAUUUGGGUGAACUGAUUUAUCUUCUUCUUGAAGUAGCAGUAGGAUCUUUUUGCAAAAAAGUCAGAGAAAAUAAAAAGUCUGAAUGGAGGUUUUUUCUUUUAUUGUUGCUAAAACAGUGUCCGUUUUCACAUACAUAUCAAAACAAUAUCAUAUUUAAAGUUCUUAACUGCAAUGGAAACUACUUUUAUCACAUUUUGGUGUACAAUUUUAGGAAGAUCCUUCCCAGGCUUCACUAUGCAGGAUAUCUGCUGGUUUGAAAAUCAGAAUUCGUCAGGGAAUUUCGGCAGGUCAGGGAAUUCAGAGAAAAGUCGGAGAAUUGUAUAAAAAGGCGGGAAUCUAGAAAAAUCUUGAAAUUUCGAAUCGCAACAAACAUUAGCGCUGUCCACACAAUUAAACUGAGUCUUAGUCUGAUUUGGGGUUUAGUGUUUUAAUAUUAAAUAGAGGAAUUCUUUUCCAUGAGGAAUUGUAAUUUUAGUCAAUGGAAUAUUUAGUACCUAAAGGACAAAGGCUCACAUGCUUCUGCCGUUUGCGGUGAAAUUAAUGCAAUUGAUAUUUAUUUUCAGGUGUACCCUUGCAAAGUUUUGGUGUGAAAAUUCUGAGAAUUUUGAUUAUUUUUGCUGGGAAAAACCUGGAAAAGUCAGGAAUCGGUUUCCCAUCGAGCCGGAGACACUCCGCCAUGCCCUUGUUAGAUCUCAUUAGAAGUAUAUAAAAAAUCUAGCUAUUUAGUCUAGCUACAGUAUCACUUUUUGACAAUACAUAUCUGCAAAUUGCUACAAUUAUUGUUUGUAAUUUUUUUAAUUUAUAUGUAUGAUGUAUAAAGUAAAUGUGCAACUUUGAACAUUUUUGUAAAUAUUGUAAUAUACUUAGAAAUUAAGGAAAUGGAAAAAGUUCUCUACAGACUUUAUGGACUAGAAAAAAAGUAUUUAUGAUGUUCCUACAUAUUUGUAUCAAUGAUUCAGUACCUAGUUCUCCGGAAAAACGUCCUUAUAAAAACUCUAACGGAGAGAAUAUUGUCUGCUUUGUCAUUUUUGUGCAAUUUUAGGAGGAAAUAUGUGCAAAUGCCAUUUUAAAAGAGCAAUGGUUUUUUAAUAAUAUAGAGAGAGAAAGAAAGCCUUACGGGUAUUUUUUAGGGGGAAAUUUCAACUGCCCCACUGAUUAUCAUUUUGUGAGCAUCGUUUAGGAGUUGAUUACCAAGCCCCUUGCCUUGUGAAUCGUAUUAUGUGUAAAAUUUGGAAGAGAAAACAAGUGACUUAUACUCUGGGUAAGACCUUGUCUAUUCGCCCAUUUCGUACCCUCUCCUCUGUCCAGACCUCUACUGAAUUUUUCUCAUGAUUCUAGAAUCAGUACUUAAAAUGUAUUUUAAAAUUAUUGGUCUGCCAUGACUGAUCGGUGCUUCAACAACUAAAUAACAAAUCAUUGCUGUAAUGUAUACUGGAAAUAAGUCACCCAGAUGUUGACCUCCAAACACCUGAAAGAAAGAGCAAAUAUUUAGCAGUUUAUAUUAUAUUUUAAAGGCUUGUAAUCAGUUAUGGUUGUUAGUAAGGCAGUACUGUUGUUGUCACUAGCUAAAUUUUUCGUUUUGAAACUACCGAAGGUAUACCCAGGCUCACUCAUGUUGAGUCUUCAAAAGAUCUGGCACCCUCUCUUCCAACUUUUGGGCUGGUGGUCCUUGAAAUAGAAAACCUUAUGAUGACUCCCGGAUUCCACAGACCUACUUUCAGAUGUAACAUGUAUCUAUGUAUGUAGACCUACUUCAAGCAAUAAUUGCAGGUACCUAGUGGUACUUGCAAUCACUAGAUAAGAUUUAAACAGAAGUCUACUUGUAGGGACAUGGUUCAGUAGAUCAGGGCAGGGAGGGGGAUGACGUACUGUUGGGGGAGAAAAAUUAAAAGCAAAAAAUUAUAGCCGACGAGGGGCUCCUAUCUAUUAUCACUUCAAAACGUCAGUCUAAUAAAAUUGGAAGGUUUUAAUUUUACCAUCAGACUGUUGGCUGCCUUAAAAAUUUCAAGUUUAGACCCAUUCUGGCAUAAAAAUGCUCUGUCUCAAAAUUUUUGGCAAGACCUAAAAUUUUUUAUUGAUGUACUUGGAAAUAACUGUGGAGUCUCAUAUUCAGAUCUGCAACUCUUCAAAAAUUAGAAAAAAUUAGUAGAAAAAAAGAUAUCCAACUAUUUGAUGGAGCAUAACCUGCCCUCACAAGAACUAAUAUUAUAGUGUUUGCUAUAGCGCUCUUGAAGUCACUCUUUAUUGGUAGACUCAUCAUGAGAUCCACAAGACUGGUAAACAUUCUAGGAUUUUAAUUUUAACUAAAUUGUCAAUCAAGCUUAAAAUAAAAGUGAUUUUAUAAAUAAAAUACUUAUUCUUAUGAA